AUGAUUGGCUCCCCUGGCCCUGGUGGGCGUGCCUUAGUGCCAUGGCCGAGGGUGUGGCGGCGGGUCCUGGCUGUUUCUUUGGUUGCCGUGAUCAACUUGAUGCUAGCAGGAAGUAGCCAGGCCUGUCCACCACGGUGCGAGUGCUCGGCUCAGCUGAGGUCGGUGUCGUGCCAACGGCGGCGGCUCACCAGCAUCCCAGAGGGCAUUCCCACCGAGACACAGCUCCUGGACCUCAGCAAGAACCGGCUCCACCAGGUGCAUGCAGGCGACCUGGCACCUUACCCACGGCUGGAAGAAGUGGAUCUCAGCGAGAACCUCAUUGCCACAUUAGAGCCCAACGCCUUCGCCAGCCUCCCGAGUCUUAAAGUGCUGAAGUUAAGGGGAAACCAGCUGAAGUUAGUUCCCAUGGGCGCCUUCGCCAAGCUGGGCAAUCUGACCAGCCUGGACCUGAGCGAGAACAAGAUGGUGAUCUUACUGGACUACACCUUCCAGGAUCUGAGAAAUCUGAAACAUCUGGAGGUUGGAGACAACGACCUGGUUUACAUAUCUCACAAGGCUUUCUCAGGGCUGCUGGGGCUGGAGGACCUCACAAUCGAGCGCUGCAACCUGACAUCCAUCUCUGGUCAGACACUGUCCUAUCUCCGCAGCCUGGUCACUCUUCGCCUCCACCACCUCAGCAUCACUGCCCUGGAGGACCAGAACUUCCGCAAGCUCUCCAACCUGCGGAGUCUGGACAUCGAUCACUGGCCGUACCUGGAAUACAUCUCCCCUCUGAGUUUCCAGGGUUUGGACCUCCACAGGCUCUCCAUCACCAACACCAACAUCACCUCUGUCCCCUCCGCCUCCUUCAAGAACCUGGCGCACCUCACCCACCUCAACCUGUCCUACAACCCCAUCCCCUCACUAGAGCCCUGGGCCUUCAAGGACCUACUGAGGCUGAAGGAGCUCAUCAUGGUAAGCACAGGGUUGGUGAACGUGGAGCCCCAUGCCUUUGGAGGCCUCCGACAGAUCCGGGUCCUCAACUUCUCUUCCAACGACCUGCAGACCCUGGAGGAGGGCUCCUUCCACUCUGUCAACAGUCUGGAGACCCUCAGAGUGGAUGGGAACCCCCUGAUGUGUGACUGCCGUCUGUUGUGGAUCCUGCAAAGACGCAAGACCCUCAACUUUGACGGCAGAGUGCCGGUGUGUGCGGGGCCGGUGGAGGUGCAAGGGGUCAGCCUCAGCACCUUCACCGAUUCUGCACUCUUCGAUCACUUUACAUGCCAGAAACCUAAGAUUCGCAACCGUAAGAUGCAGCAGGUAACGGCUCGUGAAGGCCAGCCUGUGAGUUUUCUGUGUCGAGCUGAAGGAGAACCUGCACCUGCUAUCGUCUGGAUUUCCCCACAGCGCAGACGGAUCACAGCCAAGAGCUCAGGGCGUAUCACUGUCCUCCCAAGUGGCACCCUGGAGAUCCGCUACGCCCAACUCACUGACAGCGGAACCUACAUCUGCAUUGCCAGCAACGCCGGCGGCAAUGACACCUACUUCGCCACGCUCACAGUGCGUGGCCAGCCGCUGGACGCCGCCUCAGCCUUCUUUCUCAACCGCUCGCUGUACAGCGGUGAGUUCUUGAACGACACAAAUCUGAACAACACACGGGUAUUCCUCAAGUUCACCUUGGACCUGACCACCAUCUUGGUCUCCACGGCGAUGGGUUGCAUCACCUUUCUGGGGGUGGUCCUCUUCUGUUUCCUGCUGUUGUUCGUGUGGAGCCGGGGACGCGGCCAACGCAAGAACAACUUCACAGUGGAGUACUCUUUCCGGAAAUCUGAACCCGCCACCGGGCCCACGGCGGGAGGGGCGAGGAAAUUCAACAUGAAAAUGAUAUGA